GAAGAAAACCAAUCCAUCCAUAUAACGUCAUGAAACUGCUAAUCUGGUUGUGCCUCCUCGGCUGCCUGGCCAGUGCCCAUGGCAUUUUUCUCGACAAGAUUGCCCCCCGAGGGGAUUCAUCUGGAAACGGCUUUCUGAGCGAUAUCUUUGGACUCGAAGACUCGGAUAACAGCAGCCAGAACAAAACCUCCCAAAAUACAUUGCCAGCGUCUGGAAUUUUUACUCCGGUUAAAGUAGCUGUUGACGUUAUUCAAAGUAUAUGGGAUGAAUUUUCAAAGGGAGUUUUGGGCCUCAUGGGCAGUUUUGGUACCGGUGAUAAUGGAGCCGAAUCACCGCCAUCUGCAAAUACAGCGCCUAUUACAACCGAGUCAACGUCGCCAUCGCAAGAAACCACAACGACUAGAACGACGACGUUUACAACAACGGAAUCCAGAACCGAAUCGCCGGUGGAAACAACCACAACAGAUUCAUCCACGAGUACUUCGCCGCCAUGAGGAGAAAUUCUGUCGCCUAACCUUCGCAUCGGAUAUUGCUCGUCAUUGUUUGUUUCCCAGCUGCUUUUUGUCUGGGGUAUUUAAACAAUGAGAAUGUAAAUAUAAGUACCAGCCACGCUCCUA